AUGAGGGAUGAGAGUUUUCCACAAAAUUUCCAUUUUAUACAUAUUAUUAAAAAGGAUGAGUUGCCACUUGGCCAAGAGAAGGAUCACUCGUUCCUUUAUCCAAGAGUGAUAACCUUCCUUAGGCUAAUCAGAGGACACGUGGUUCUCUUGCAUGGCUUCUGUAGCCAACACUUGGUAUAUUCCCUCCACAUUUUUAUCUAUAUAGCCUUGCUCUUCCUUAAAUUCGGUUUUCGUGCUGUCGUCUGCUAUCUGUUUCCCGCCAUCCAAUACCAUUUCAAAGCUCAAUUAACCAUGUCUGCCUUUGUUGGGAAGUAUGCAGAUGAGCUUAUCAAGAAUGCCAAGUACAUAGCCACGCCCGGGAAGGGUAUCUUGGCAGCAGAUGAGAGCACUGGCACCAUUGGGAAGCGUUUAGCCAGCAUUAACGUUGAGAACAUUGAGGCUAACAGGCAAGCACUUCGUGAGCUUCUCUUCACCUCUCCAAAUGCCCUCCAAUACCUCUCUGGUGUCAUCCUCUUUGAGGAAACCCUUUACCAGAAAACCUCUGAUGGGAAGCCUUUUGUUGAGGUCCUUGAAGAGAACAACGUCAUCCCGGGUAUCAAAGUGGACAAGGGUGUUGUUGAGUUGGCUGGCACAAACGGUGAAACCACCACACAGGGCUUUGACUCUCUUGGAACUCGGUGCCAGCAGUACUACAAGGCUGGGGCUCGCUUUGCCAAGUGGCGUGCAGUUCUCAAAAUUGGCCCCAAUGAACCCUCUGAGCUUUCCAUCCAGCAAAAUGCACAGGGCUUGGCACGCUAUGCCAUCAUCUGCCAGGAGAAUGGCCUUGUACCCAUUGUUGAGCCUGAGAUUCUGACUGAUGGGGCUCAUGACAUAGCCAAAUGUGCUGCUGUUACUGAGACUGUGCUUGCAGCUGUUUACAAAGCUCUGAAUGAUCAGCAUGUCCUUCUUGAAGGAACUCUUCUCAAGCCCAACAUGGUCACUCCAGGCUCUGAUAGCCCAAAGGUAGCACCUGAGGUGAUUGCUGAGUACACAGUUCAAGCACUCCGCAGGACUGUCCCAGCUGCGGUUCCAGGGAUUGUGUUUCUGUCUGGUGGACAAAGUGAAGAAGAAGCUACUCUCAACCUCAAUGCAAUGAACAAGUUGGAGGUGUUGAAGCCAUGGACUCUCUCAUUCUCAUUUGGGCGGGCGCUGCAGCAAAGCACACUCAAGACAUGGGGUGGAAAGAAAGAGAAUGUUGCCAAAGCUCAAGAGGCAUUCCUGGCAAGAUGCAAGGCCAAUUCCGAGGCUACUCUGGGGAAGUAUGUUGGUGGAAGCGAAUCUGGGUUGGCUUCUGAGAGUUUGCAUGUCAAGAACUAUAAGUAUUAG